CGGAAUUUAAUAAAAUAAUAUUCUAAUCUUUUAAAAGCAAGGACAUUAAUCGCAUUCAAAAAUGCCAAAAUCAUUUCUGGUCAGCAGAAGAGAAAAGGAUUUUUCCGGAGUUUCGCAGCCUAGUUCAUUCGGAAGCUCACAAGAAGCACUAGAAGCUUACAUCAGAAUGGCAAGCGUCUCUGGAUUGGCGAUGCCUAUUUACAACCCAGGAACGGAUAUGACGUCAUAUACGAGCAGAUUGCCUUAUUCAGCAGACGCACUUUCACCAUACGUCACAUCCGGUCAACUGUCGCAAUAUUCCACAAACUGGCCGCUUAGUGCAUUGACUUUGAACCAGUGGAAUUACUACAAUUGUUUAACAACCCAAAACAUUAUGGCGUCAAUGUAUCAAAUGUCUAUAAAUAGCGCACGGACGUCACCAAGGUCACGGGACAGUGGGAUUUCCUCGGAUUCUGCAAUUUCUCCGCAGGGGUGUUCCGGAACAUUAGACCUAUCAAUGAAGUGUUCAAAAACAGAGAAAAUCACACCGGUAAAACCGCGCCCUAAGUUUGACUUCGCGCACCUGGCGAAAGCGGCGACAGAGGACGAUAUCGACCGGAAACCAGACUCCACCUCCGGUUCCGGGGGAAGUGUUGACGCGCAGAUAUUUAGUCGCGCCAUGAUAAACACAGGCACAAUCAGUUAUAACCCCCUGACGAGCAGUUUCCGCCAGAUAGCAGGGCACCAUCAAAAGGCGGCCACAGAACCAGUAAAGCGGCCUCGUGGCCGGGGACCAGCAAGAGCAAAGAAAGAGUUCAUAUGUAAAUACUGCGGUCGACACUUCACAAAGAGUUACAACUUGUUGAUCCAUGAACGCACACACACGGACGAACGGCCAUACAGCUGUGAUAUCUGUGGGAAGGCGUUCAGACGACAGGACCAUCUUAGAGACCACAGAUAUAUCCACUCAAAAGAGAAACCAUUCAAAUGUACAGAGUGUGGGAAGGGAUUCUGUCAGUCCAGAACGUUAGCUGUUCAUCGAACCUUACAUCAGAGUUCCACAAACGGAAACACCAUUUUAAAAUCAUCAACAAAGUCUUCACCUAAGACAACAGCAGCAUUUACAACAGCAGCACUUACAGCAACAACAACACUGACAACGCCACCACAGACGAGCAUUCCAGCAGUGUCAGUGAAAGAAGAACAUAUUGAUAUGAGCUAGGAAAAAAGUGAUUCUGAAAAUACACAAUAUACAAUGGACGUAGUUAGAUACCGGAAUGAGAUAACUCUGAAUAUUUCAAACAUCUCAUUUUGUUACCAUAGACGCAGCGUUCCCGCAGAACUGUGCAAUCGAAAACAAAACUUGAUUGUCUACUUUCAAUAUUGCGAACUGCAUACUAUUUCCGUUAUUUUUAAAGAAAAACAGCAGAGCUUGAUCCGAUUGGACAUAAGCCAACAGUGUACAGAUUCAUUAAAUGUGAUUUGAAAUACAGAGUGUAAAGGGACCAACUUUUGAGGUUUAAAAUUUGGAUCAUUUUGAAAAGUAAGAAAUUAAAUAUGAUGGGACAAAAUUUUGUAAUUUGAUAAUGAGUUACAUACGCAACUUACAUGUAAAUACCAUUGCUAUUUAUUGCUCUCAUUUUUAUCUGUACAUAAAACACUUCGUAUAACCAACCAGUAUUUAUUUUACGUUUUAUU